AUGACGACACCGUACGAUCUCAUCACCGAAAUACUUCUCCGGCUGCAAGUGAAGCCGCUGUUACGUUUCCAAUGCGUUUCGAAACCAUUGUUUGCGUUACUCAACGGCCCAUAUUUCAUCAACCUGCAUCUCCGUUGUUCCAUCGAGAACAACAUAGAACACACUCUCAUUGCAGAGACGUCACCGUAUAGUAAUAUGGAAAAAGAUUUAUACAUUCUAAACUUCUCCGACAUUCCAAACAUUCCGGAAGAUGAUCACUCUAUCCAAACAUUUCUAAACAUUCCGGUUGAUUGGAAUGAACCAGUGAAGAUCUUCAGGCCAUUCUAUCUUCAAACUAAAACAACAAUAGCCACCGCAAUUGUAGGCUGCUGCAACGGCCUGGACCUUUCCGGCCCGGCUUCCUCGAACCGUGCUUUGCGUUGGGUGGUUCAUUGGGAGGGGCAGUCAGCAAAAACCAUUGUCGCAUUCAAUCUCGCCACUGAGAAAUUCCGAGUGCAUGCGCUUCCUUGCCAGUUAUUACACUCAAAUAUCUGUUUGGAGGUCGUGAGAGGAUGGCUCUGUGUUUGCCGCGAUGGUUAUUGUCAAUUUAAUCACAUUUGGUUGGAAUACGAAGUGGCGAGCAAUCGGACAUUGGUAGAGUGGCUUGCAUUCUACAACAAGCCUGUAGUGUUCUCAAAGGAUGACAAAGAGGUUUUGAUGAAGGAGUUUUAG